AUGCAUGGAAAGAAAGCACUGGUAGAACGGAAAAUACCGCUGCUCCGAUCUUGCGAGCGGUGUCGGCGUCGCAAGCAGCGGUGCGAUGGCGAGCAGCCCGUAUGCGGGCGAUGUGCUGCCCACAACGCUGAAUGCAAGUAUCGGCAGUCCGGGCGGUUCCGCAAGCGGUUCCCACAAGCCGCUGCCGCCGCCAAUACAGCUGACACACCGGGGGGCGCGGUCUCUCCGCAGCAGUCCUCAGACGGAUCACCUGGGCUGUCCUCACUGGACGGCAGCCCACUGGCUAAACGAGCCCGUCCGCUGAUGGACCAAACACCGAUGCUGUUCAGCGUGCCGGCGCUGACGCCAUCCACCAUGAGCAGCGUGUCGCCAGACUCGGGGAUUCUGCUGACACCCGGCGUCGGGGAAGAUCAGCCGGCUGGCCCGUCGAUCGACCCGGUGGAAAUUCUGAAGACGUGUGAUCUGCCAGACUUCUCGCAGACCAUCCCCGAGUCGACACUGAAGCAGAUGUUUGCGCUCAUCGGGCAUGCAAACUGCGAGCCAAUGCUGCCACCAAACCUCGAUCUGCUGGACCCAAAGAACAUGGCUGCCAACUGCACUAAUCCGUAUGGGAUCCCAGAUAGCCGGUACUUGAGCCCGUCGAUUCCUGACUCUGGACACUACUGCAGAUCCGCACACGGCAAUUCUGGACUACGCUGGAGCAAGGCAAUAUCAGCGACUUUGUGCUGUUUCGCGCACCUGGCUAUUGCAGCGCAUGAGGCACAGCUCUCAAGCCGGCCGGACCUGCAGGGAGUUAGUCCGUCGCUUGAGCCGGUGUGCUAUGAGAAGGCGCUGCAGGAGUUUGACGGCGGCCGUGUUGUGCCGACAGUCGGGUCCUCGUACGCAAUGCUGCUGCUCAGUGAAUACGGCUACCAGUCGGGCAGGUACCCGACAAUGCUGGAGAUGGCAGAGAAUGCUUUGGCCCUGGUCAAGCGCAUUGUGCUCAGGGGCACCAUGUAUCCGUGGCGCGGUGCACAGCAGGGGAGCUGCGAUGUCGAGUACGAGUAUGUGAUCUCGUGCUUCUGGAGCGUCUGGAUGAGAACAUUUACUGCGGCACAGGCGCUGACUAAGCGGUUCAGGCACACAAACUUGCUACAAAUGCCCGAUUAUCCAAGGCACGACCUUUGCCACUACGCAGCCAAUUCCACUGCUACCAUCGGGCUGACGCCCGUCGACUGUGUCGAAUUCCCGCCGGCGUCGUGCGCGCACCAAUCUGGGUUCUCGUACGCAGCCACCACCUGGCAGUGUGGAGUGCUGAGCACGCAUAUGCACAACCUGUACAUUGACUUGCUGGAGAAAAGGGGCUCUGCCGACCAGUACUUUGAGGCGCUGAAGGCCUGGGACAAGCGCGUGGCGGCUUUCCGUGCCAGUUGGCCACAGGAAUGGGAUGUGCAGAUGGAGAAAAUCCGCAACAUGGGCGCAGAAAUCAACAAAGUGAAAUUCCACGACCGCGUGCCGCUCGACGGCAACUACUCACAUCUCCGCAGGCGCCAGUACUCGCCGAGCCCGCUCCCGAAUGGACCCCCGGACGUGCGCAAUGUCGGAUACCACAUGUACUACCAGAAUUCGGUAGAUGCCGGGGACUCUUGGCUGCUGAUCCUCCACAUUAUAUACGAGUCGAUGCGUCUGCGCACACACCGCAUUGCCCUGGCGUUCCUGCACCGCGAAGAGAAUAGGUCCCUGCAUGGAAUAAUCGAAAGUGGAAUCCUGUCGGCAUCAGCACUGCCGCGGGUUCCCAAGGACCACAGGUACAUUUCCGAUGAUCCAAUGCACGAUGCCUUGGUGUUCCACCAGAGCCGGUAUGUGUGCCUCGACUCUGCCCGCAACCUGCAAGACAUUUUCACGCUCGGUAACAUGGUCGGCUUCCCACUCGACCGAAUCGGCAUCUGGAUGGUAUUCGCCAUGGAGUACGUGAUCUCGAUCCAGUCUUCCCGCCUCUCCUCCCAGGACGUUGACACAAAGAGGGACGCCUUGCGUAGACUUGCCCGCCUGCUGCGCCAGCUCCUCACGCUGAAGCACUGGUCUGGAGCCCUGCUCGUCUUCACAAGCGUGGUCAAGCUGUUCAUUGACCCAAAAAACACCAUCAAGGGAAUGACCGCCUAUGUCGAGAACUCGCCGUGGGAGAGCAACCACAUCCUGACUCUGCUGAUGAAGGACAUGGACAUGGGCCCGCGCGAGUUCUGCGCCUACACGCUGCCUGUGGUGUACGCAUCCAUGCACAUGUCGCCGCUGCCCACCAGCAUGCGGAUGCGGAUUGCCUCGCUCAUUUCGUGA